UCUCCCACAUGUACCAACUUGUGCGAGAACUGAUCUGUAUUAUACUCUGGAACACGCUCUAACUUCACGAGGAAGGCUCCCAGAUUAUUACGUCUUAAACUUACUUUUCAUUGCAAGAACUGCGUCGCAUUUUAAAGCAGAAGAACAAGACGCUUAUAUGAAACAGAAUCUGCGUUUAUUUUCUGAGGGGCAUCGUGGUGAAAAUGAAGCUUCACUUGUAUUGGCUUGCAUGGAUCUUGUUUUUACUCGACAACGGUGUGUCUGGUGUUGAUACAGAGGGAGUGUCUGUGAAUAAGGGAGAUUCAGUCACUCUACAAACUAGUGUUGAAACAAACCAACAAGAAGAGAUUAAAUGGUAUUUUAAUGACACUCGCAUUGCACAGAUCAGUGGAGAUCUCAGUUAUAUCUGUACAGAUGUUCAGUGUAAUAAUGACACUGAGAGAUUCAAAGACAGACUGAAGCUGGAUCAUCAGACUGGAUCUCUGACCAUCACAAACAUCACAAACACACACUCUGGACUUUAUGACCUGAAGAUCAUCAGGAGCAGGAUCAGCAGUGACAAGAUCUUCAGUGUUACUCUCAGUGGUGUUUCUGCUGCUGAACAAGAUGAAGUAAAGAAAAAUCAGGGAGAAGUUGUCACUUUAGAUGCUGGUGAAAUAAGAAAACCAGAUGAUUCAAUGAUGUGGUAUUUUAAUGAGAUUCUCAUCACUGAAAUCACUGGAGAUCAGAGUAAGAUCUGUACAGAUGUUCAGUGUAAUGAGAGGUUCAGAGACAGACUGAAGCUGGAUCAACAGACUGGAUCUCUGACCAUCACAAACACCAGAAACACAGACUCUGGAGAAUAUAAACUACUGAUCAACAGCAAAAGCAGCAGCUUCAACAUCAGCAGAGUGAAGAGAUUCAAUGUUUCUGUCACUGAUUCAGGUCUGUCUUCAGGUGCUGUAGCAGGUAUAGUUGUUGUUCUGCUUUUGGUUGCAGUUGUAACUGCUGGUGUGAUUUACUGUCGCCGCAGGAGAUAUGCUCCAGUACAAACGGAUGAGAAUAAUGCUAAUCAUUCGCCGCCUGAUCCAAAAGGCAUUCCUUUGAGGGACACGGGAUGUCCUUAAAUCAGAUUUGACCCAAGACUGCCAAUAAAAUGAUGUAACAUCGGGCUUUCAUUGAAAUGAUGGAAAUGAUUCAAAUGAUGGAGAGAAAUGCAGAAGAUCCCAAAGACAGCUACAAACAACAGAGAUCCAGCAGCAGCAGAGAUCAACGCUAUCAGAAAGACUGAAGGAGAGUCGCAGUGAGACAGUCAUUAAUAUGCAGAAGAUCCCGAUGACAGCAGCUACAAACAACAGAGAUCCAGCACAGAUCAACACUAUCAGAGAGACUGAGACUGGAGGAACUGAAAGAGAGACAGUCAUAUGCACCAGAUUCCGACUGCAAAUAUAAUCAACAAAAAUCCUCCACCACCAGCAGCAGCAGAGAUCAACACUAUCAGAGACACUGAGUCUGGAGGAGCUGAAGCAGAGUAAAAGAGAGAGAGAGUCAUCAAUGCUGGAGUCAAGCAGCAGGUGCUGUGGUUUAUCGACUGAUGAAAAGCUCUUUCUCUCCCAGUUUGUUUGUUGCUGGAGGCCUCUCCAACACCAGGAGUUUUUGUGUAUUCAUUAGUUUUUUUUGUUUUUUUUUUUGUUUCCUGUUUAAUGUUGUUUGCUUAAUUCAUUUAUGUAUUACCUUAAUAAAUAUUUACUUUUGUGUUAAUUCAGUUUGUACACUAUAUUGCCAAAAGUUUUGGGACGCCUGCCUUUACGUGCACAUGAACUUAAUGACAUCCCAUUCUUAAUCUGUAGGGUUUAAUAUGGAGUUGGCCCACCCUUUGCAGCUAUAACAGCCUCAACUCUUCUGGGAAAGCUUUCCACAAGGUUUAGGAGUGUGUUUAUGGGAAUUUUUGAACAUUCUUCUAGAAGCGCAUUGGUCAGGCAGUGAUUUUGGCGUGAAGGCCUGGCUCACAGUCUCCGCUCUAAUUCAUCCCAAAGGUGUUCUAUCAGGUGCAGGCCAGUCAAGUUCCUCCACACUAAACUCGCUCAUCCAUGUCUUUAUGGACCUUGCUUUGUGCACUGCAGCGCAGUCAUGUUGGAACAGGAAAGGGCCAUCCCCAAACUGUUCCCACAAAGUUGGGAGCAUGAAAUUGUCCAAAAUGUCUUGGUAUGCUGAAGCAUUAAGAGUUCCUUUCACUGGAAGUAAGGGGCCAAGCCCAACCCCUGAAAAAAACAACCACACACCAUAAUCCCCCCUCCACCAAACUUUACAUUUGGCACAAUGCAGUCAGGCAAGUACCGUUCUUCUGGCAACCACCAAACCCAGACUCGUCCAUCAGAUUGCCAGACAGAGAAGCGUGAUUCGUCACUCCAGAGAACACGUCUCCACUGCUCUAGAGUCCAGUGGCGGCGUGCUUUACACCACUGCAUCCGACACUUUGCAUUGCUCUUGGCGAUGUAAGGCUUGGAUGCAGCUGCUCGGCCAUGGAAACCCAUUCCAUGAAGCUCUCUACGCACUGUUCUGGAGCUAAUCUGAAGGUCACACGAAGUUUGGAGGUCUGUAGCUAUUGACUCUGCAGAAAGUUGAUGACUUCUGCGCACUGUGUGCCUCAGCAUGCGCUGACCCCACUCUGUGAUUUUUACGUGGCCUACCAUUUCGUGGCUGAGUUGCUGUUGUUCCCAAUUGCUUCCACUUUGUUAUGAUACCACUAACAGUUGACCGUGGAAUAUUUAGUAGUGAGGAAAUUUCCCUGAAUGGACUUAUUGCACAGGUGGCAACCUAUCACGGUACCACACUUGAAUUCACUGAGCUCCUGAGAGCGACCCAUUCUUUCACAAAUGUUUGUAGAAGCAGUCUGCAUGCCUAGGUGCUUGAUUUUAUACACCUGUGGCCAUGGAAGUGAUUGGAACACCUGAAUUCAGUGAUUUGGAGGGGUGUCCCAAUACUUUUGGCAAUAUAGUGUAUGUUGCCUCCCAGUUUAUUACUUCGCCCUGAGUCAGACUGGUUGUAACAGCACUUAAAGCCAACUUUAUUCAUUUUUAAGUGAAGAGUUCAAGGGGUAAAGUAGUUGUAAUGCUUUUCAUUGUCUCCUCUCAUGAGAUACAUGCUUUUUAUAGCCUAGAUGCUUUGGACCAACUGACCAACAACAACCUCUCUAUGUCAUUUACUGGGACCUGCAACAUUUCCCUGAGCUCUCCUUAUAAUAAAUAUGCUAAUUUUAUCAACUAUCCUUAAGUAAAGUCCAAGUAUAUUUUAAAGAUCCCUGUGGUGAAAAUCAAGUUUUCAUUGUUGUUAUGACUAUGAGGUGUUUUAAUAUGCUUUAAGACAAACCAUGUGCAAAUUCAUAAGUCAACACCAUCGCUGAGUAUUUUCUCCUUAAAACUGCAGUGAAAAAAAGACCCACGGUUUGAAAUCGCUGGUGUUUCUUACAUCACAAACUACCUUGUAACCAAUCAUGUCAAUGUACCAGCAUGAUUUAGCAUAUCAUUGACUUUGACUGCAAUGAUAGUCUCAAUGAUUAGUAUCCCAAUAUAUUUUUCUACUGAUAAAUAAUGUGUACAUUUAGCAAUAUAGCUGGUGAAUUGUGCAUAUAUUAUGUAUAUUACAUUAUGAUGACCUGUCUUUCUCCACUGAGGUUAAGGAUAAGGCAGCUGACUCUGAGAUGGUGAACGGGAACAUGGUUUGUGUUACAUUAGCAACACAUUAUUAGCUGUUUGAUAGUAGUCAAACAAAAGGCUAAUCAUAUUAAUUACCAUUAUGUGUCCAACAUUUUAAAGAGUGAUACCAUCAUGCGGCGUUUACCGAGUGGAUCUCUGAGCUGAUGUGAGUGGAGGCGGGGCGAAUUUGCAUAUGCAUGUUUCCACAUAUGAAGCAAGGGUAUUGAGUUACAUUCAGACUAUUUUAAGGCAUUUUUUUUUCACUGGAAGAACGUUUAAAUGUCAUUUUGGUGAUCAAAGAUGAAUUUUAAGGGAUAUUGACUACAGGGGGACUUUAAGUAUACUUUAUGUAAUAUGUAUUCUAAUAUCAGUGUACUAGUAGUUGAACUCACAGGUAUACUGGUAGUUUACUAGUUAAAUACGGUACAUUUUUUAGUUUAUGAAGGUACACUUUAAAGUAUACUCUGUGUUGCAUUCAUAGGAACGUAUGUGUUUUGUAUUGCUUGCCUCUGUGUAUUCUCCGCUUCCCUGUUGCUCUUAGGUUUGGAAGUGUCACCUGACCUGUGUUCCAGCUCGUUAAGAUGUGAGUGAGCACUAUAUAAGAACUAUAUAUGAGUAAGGACAGAAUUAUCAUUUUUGGGUGAACUAUACCUUUAAAACCGCUGUUCAGCAGUAUUUAAAAUAAAAUCCAGUCUGAGGGUUAAGAACAAACAACCAGUGUGAUAGGCUAUACUAACGCGAUAAAACAGGAUGUAAAAAAAAUAUUUUACUAACAGAACAAUCCUUUUUUGCAUAUAGAAAACCACAGGCGCGUUCACGUCACUGUACUCUUUAGGGAGGCAGCUAGUGAUGCGGCUGCGUAGAAUAGAACAAUAUAAAUUCUUUUAUGAAACAAAAAUCUGCAUUCGUUUGUCUGAAGGGGAAAUAUGGAACUUCUCUUUAAUUUGCUUCCAGUUAUCUUUUUAUUCAUCGACAAUGGUGCGUCUGGUGUGGAUACAUAUGAAGUUUCAGUGAAAGAAAGAGAUUCAGUCACUUUUCACACUGGUGUUAAAACAAACCAACAAGAAGUUAUUAAAUGGUAUUUGAAUGACAUUCGCAUCGCUCAGAUCAGUGGAGAUCUCAGUACGAUCUGUACAGAUGUUCGGUGUAAUGAAGGUACUGAGAGAUUCAGAGACAGACUGAAGCUGGAUCAUCAGACUGGAUCUCUGACCAUCACAAACACCAGAAACACAGACUCUGGAGUUUAUGAACUGAGGAGCAUCAGCAGCAGUGACAGCACUGACAAGACCUUCAAUGUUACUGUCACUGGUGUUUCUGCUGCUGAACGGGAUGAAAUGAAAUCCAUAUCAGUGAAGGAGGGAGAAUCUGUCACUUUGGAUCCUGAUGAUGCAAAAACAACAAGCGAUGUGAUUUCAUGGUUUUUUUUAGCUAAAAUCACAGAAGAUCCAAAUAAAAUCUGUUCAGAUGUUCAGUGUAAUCAAAGUAAUGAGAGAUUCAGAGACAGACUGACGGUAAAUCAAAAUGGAUCUCUGACCAUGAUGAACAGCAGAAUCACAGACUCUGGACUUUAUAAACUACAGAUCAACAGCAGCAGGAACAGCUUCAGCAUCAGCAGAAUGAAGAUCUUCAGUGUUUCUGUCAUUGCUGUUCCAGGUUCAGAUCUGUCUCCAGAUGGUGUAGCAGUAAUAAAUGCUGCUGUUAUUUCUGUUCUGCUGGUUGUAGCUGUAACUGUUACUGUGGUUUACUGUCGCCACAGGAUCCAUACAGCAGUACCACAGAAUGAGAAAAAAGAUAACUCGCUUGAUCUGAAAGACAUUCCUUUGAAAGAAGAGGACAUAUCCUUGAAUCAGACUGAGGCCAACAAAACAAUAUAACAUUUUGAUAACAUAACUGAAAGGAAAACUGAAGAGUAUUAGGAAAUGGUGGAGAGAAGAGGAUCAGCUGAAAGUCUCUUCAGAGAAAUUGUCACAAUUCUAAGAUUUCAGUGAUCAGCACCAAUACCAAUCAAAUUACACCUAUUACAAACCAAUUUACAUAUGAAAUCAGAAACUGAUUCAAAUGAUAAAUAAAAAUAUUUAGGGCCAGAUUUACUAACAGCUUGUACCAGUUCGAACCCUCAUUUGAUGUUAAAAAAAUACUUCCAGGAUUUACUAAAGACACAAAGUAAAAAAGAAAUAAAUUGUGCUGAAAAAGCGUGGACACAGUUAUUUUUGCGACUGACCUUAUUGCAUAUGCAUUUGUAGGAGUUUCCCUUUCAGAUGCUAAAUUUAUGGGAGAGUAUUUAAAUGAAUCACGCAACACGAUUUAUUAAGGUUUGUGCUCGUCAGUUUACUGGUAUUUGUGCCAUUAUUUAACGCCCAAAAAAAGCAUGUCUUAAAGGAACACUCCACUUUUUUUGAAAAUAGGCUCAUUUUCCAACUCCCCUAGAGUUAAACAGUUGAGUUUUACCGUUUUCGAAUCCAUUCAACCGACCUCCGGGUCUGGCGGUAGACGAUGUAACUACAGAAGAGUCACGUUUUAAAUAGGAAAAAUAUUGAAACUCUUUGGUCAUUUUUAAGUGAGAUGCUAACGGUCUAAUCAGAUUCAAUGAACUAUGCUAAGCUAUGCUAAAAGUGGUACCGCCAGACCCGGAGAUCAGCUGAAUGGAUUCGAAAACGGUAAAACUCAACUGUUUAACUUUAUGGGAGUUGGAAAAUGAGCAAAAAAAGUGGAGUGUUCCUUUAAAGCAGAAGCUAAUUUGUGCUGCUCUCGGUAGAUUGUGUUGGUCAUUAUGAAAAUGAUCCGGCUGCUUUUUUCCCCCUUCGUGCAUUGUCUGUAAAUCACCCACAGAACUUUACACUCCCAUCCACAGCGCUUUUAUGGGAUUACACCGCUCUCAUGGUCAUUUUCCCUGUUGGUCCUUAGUCUUAAACAGUAUAUGAGCACUAAAGUAAGAAACAAAACAACAUGUUACCAGCAGUAGAUCAGCGAGUGCUUGAUGUCUUUGAGUGUGUAGAGGUUUAUUAAAGCUGCUGAUCCAGACUCCUCUUAUAACUGAUAGAACUGACUGCUUUUCCACAAUUACCUCAACAAAACGGGCAUCAUGACCAAGACUUUACUCCUCAACACAAGGACAGUCUGCUCUACUGAUACUGUAGGUAUUUUUACUGGUAUUGUUGCUGUUAUCAAUAUGUUUCUAAUGUUUAUAGUUUAAACACUAACCCUUAGUCAUCAACCUUCAUCAGAAAACACUUUCCACCAGCCAUUCUGGAACCAAAAGCAGCCUUAAUAAAACACUUUGCUGAGUGUAUUUUUUAUGCAUGUAACUGGACGCAUAUGUGAUACAGGCUGUGUUACUCUGGCGUCAAACUUGAAAAAUAAUUGAUAAAGGAAUGUUACAGCAAAUUUAAUUAAAUUUUAUUAAGUCUUCAUACAUUUGUUAAAUAUAUCUUUAUAUUCAAAGAUGAAAUGUGCAAAAAUGAGUCACAGUGAAAUCGAAACGUUCUGUUUUCUUUCCUGAAGUUGUGAGGGAAUCAUCUUUGUGUUGGUUGAAUAUUAUCACUGUUUGAUGGAGACGAUUGCCUUCACUUAAAUACUCUGCUCAGCCAUUCUAGCCUUCGGCUUGUUCCUUGUUCCAAUCUUUGGAUCUGUAUUUCAUCUGGUGCUCAUUGUAAAUAUGUAAAUGGCCUUAAUAGAGAUGUGUCAUGGAAGUUUAUUUAUGUCAGGUAAAAGUUAGUUAUUUCAGUGUCAGUGCUAAAAGCCUGUAGUAAAGAUUUUUUACCAAAAAACAAUAAGUGGACAUGAAUGUAAUACUUUUCCUAACGUACAACAAAUGUUGUUUCUUUUUUAGAGUUUUUUUUUUUUUUAUACAUUUUUCUUUUCUGUAUUCCAAAGCUUUACAUCAGCUGAGAGAAAAAGUGCCUUGAACUAAAACCCACAUCAACACCAUCUGCCUUUCAGAAAAACAAGGAAAUGAACUUGAGAAAUCUUUGCAUGUUUAUAUGAUAAAUAUUAUUUUAAAAAAUAACGGCUGGAAUCUCUGUCCCUCUAAAAUAUUUUGUGUGUGUCAGAAAUAAUUAAGCUAAUAUUGAAUCACUAAUAUUGAACAUAAAUGGUUCCAACACUGAUGCACUACUUUCAUUAGCAACUAUAUUAUGGUUUUAUGUCCUUUGACAUGUUAUGUGAUGAUCGUUGGGCAGCUGUGUUUGUUUAUGCUGUCUGUGCGGUCUCCAUCUCUAUUGUUUUAUGCUGCUCUGACAGGUGCUGAUUACAUACACCUGCAUGCCAUUGUUAUCAACUAGCACUUCAUCCAUUUACUCCUGCAGGAAACCCAGCAAUAUAAGCAGCGAAAAAAGCAUGACAAGCAGAGACCUGCUGUAAUUACUGGACAUGGAUGCUUGCCUUUUACUAAUGUUUCUAUAAGCAUUUGAAAUAUUGUAUCAGUCUAAAUAAGAAGGUGCUAUUGUGUGGUAAAAAAAAAAAAAUCACUUUCCAUCUGAGUGAAAAAUUUAAAUGCUUAAAUUUGAACCCACAUAAAACACUUUCAUGUGACAAGUGCUAUUAAAUCAGAUUUGAUUCUCUCA